GAAUGUAAAAAGGUGUUAAUUAUUGGAGGGCGGAGGCACAAAAAGAGUUGCGGUACAAAGGUGGUGUGCUGCGGAGCGUGAAGAACACGCUCCUUCAAUGAGAGUUUUUCUUUCUUUCUUUUCUUUUCUUUUCUUUUUCUUUUUCUUUUUUAAAUAAUUUUCAAUUUUCAAAAUUUUAAUUUUGGUUUUGGUUUUUCCAGAAAGAAAAAACCGGAAAACUAAACAGAAAAGAAAAGAAAUGAAAAAAAAGAAAGAAGAAGAAGUGAUUUUGUUAUAAAAAUGAAAGCAGGUAAAAACGCGACGCGUGUUCAUAGCCAGCUGUAUCGCAACCGCAACGUCCAACCGCUUACUUGGGAGAAGCGGUGCCACUUACCGGAACGUUUGUCAUUUCCUUUUAAACCAGCCCACCGGCUCAGUAAGUUGCCCGUUUCAUCUCUUUUAUAAGAACCCCUAUACCCUUCCCCCACCCUGCUCCAUUAACCCUACACAUAACUCCAUAACUCCCACCUCCUCCCCAACCCAUUCAAAUAUCCCAAUUUCAAAAACAUCUAACCCUCUCUAAUUCUCCCUCUUCCCAUUUCCCCAAUUUUGAUGUUCUUUUAGACCCUUUUGUUCUUAACUUUCUUCAUGGCGCUUACCCGUAAAGACAUGGAUCGGAUCAAGGGCCCGUGGAGCCCUGAGGAAGACGAUGCCCUUCAGAGAUUGGUUCAGAAGCAUGGCCCACGCAACUGGUCUCUCAUCAGCAAAUCCAUUCCUGGCCGUUCUGGUAAGUCCUGCCGUCUUCGGUGGUGCAACCAGCUCUCUCCUCAGGUCGAGCACCGCCCUUUUUCGCCUGAGGAGGAUGAGACUAUUAUCAGAGCUCAUGCUAACUUCGGUAACAGAUGGGCUACUAUUGCUCGCCUUCUCACGGGCCGGACGGAUAACGCUGUCAAGAAUCACUGGAAUUCCACGCUGAAGCGAAAGUGUUCGUUGAUGAUGAAUGAGGGAUAUGAAGUGGAUCCGAACGUACAACCUAUGAAGAAGUCACUCAGCGCCGGCGCUGCCGUCAACGCUUCGAACGGACUCUACAUGAGCCCCGGAAGUCCAUCGGGAUCUGACAUAAGUGAUUCAAGUGUUCCUGUUGUAGCUCCAACCGUCUACCGCCCUGUUGCCAGAACAGGCGGCGUUAUACCUCCAGGAGAAUCAGCGCCGUCGUCCGCCAGCGACCCGCCGACGUCGCUGUUUUUAUCUCUCCCUGGAGUCGACAGUUCGCGACACAGCGGAAGUGGGUCAACGGCGCAGGUACCUCUCAUGGCGGCAUUUGCUCAAAUACAGAGCAUGACGACAACAGAGCAGGUAAGAACGGCGCAACCAAGUGGUGGGGCGGCUGAGAAAAUAAAUGGGUUUGGAGUUUUCAGCGCGGAUUUAAUGGCGGUGAUGCAAGAGAUGAUAAAAUCAGAAGUGAAAAGUUAUAUGGAAGGCAAAGGGUUAUCGGAGCAGAGAGGAAGAAGAUGUUUUCAAGAAGCUAAAGCUGGUGGGAUUAAGAACGUUAGUUUUUAAGAACUGUGAUUCAUCAUCAAGAUUACAACUCUUUAUAACGAAAAUUGUUAAUUAGAAUUUGGAGGGGAAAUUAGAAGAAUGAUGAUUACAGUUAGUUACAAUUCAUUCUCGAGGUUCGAAAGAGAUGGAGAGAAUGAGAAAAACACAGUAACAAAAAUGUGUUUUAGUAUGGGAAGAACAAAGAAGAAAGAACAAAAUCUGGGAAUUUGGUGGUUGGUUUCUUUCCAAUUUUAAACUCUUUUUAAUUGUAGUUUUUGAAGGAAAUAAUGAUCUAGUGAAUGUACAUAGAAAGAAAAGGGAGGGAAGUUCCCACUUCCAAUACAAACAAGGGAAGUUGAACAGAGAAAAAGAGGUAAAGUUGGGAAGAAAUAUGAAUGAAUAUGAUGGACCCCUAAAACUGGAAAAAAAAAGUUUGGACGUUUGAAACUAUUACAGCACUUAGCUUUCAUUCUUGA